UUUUUUUUUUAUUGUUAUUAUUUUAUUUUAUUUUAUUUUUUAAAUUUUCAUUAUUAUUAUAAAAUGCUUUUUAAAUCAAUUCGAUCUGUUUCUUCAAGAGGUGUUCGUAUGAGUAAAAGAUUUACUUCUUAUCAAACUGGUUCAGAAGGUGCAACUGCUCAAUCUGGUUCUUUUGGUCAAAAAGAAAAAGCUAUCGAAAAUCAAUGGGCUCGAGCACAUGAUGCUGACAAGCUUAAAAUGCUUCACGAAGCUUUACUUAAACAAGAAAAAGAAACUGCCGCACUUAAAAAGGAUAUUGAAAACUUACAGAAGAAGCAUGAAACAAAGAAAUAAUCGGUUAUAAAAUUUAAAAUCAUUUGAAUCUGUUCUUAUUUAUAAAGUAUACAUGUAUAUAUAACACGUAUACAUGUAUGAAAAAGAAGCAAAAAGAAACCUCUUUUUUUUGUUUUUGUUUCUUAUUGUUUGUUGUCAAAAUAAACAUUGUAUUUUCUUCACAAGUAACACAUGUCUAUAGUUGAACAAUAUUUGCCGAGUCAUGUCAUUUUUGGUAGAAUCGAAGGCAAAUCCUAUUCUGCUUGACUUCUUACUUUUACCUCUAGCUAUCAAGGUUGAUAGUUAAAAGUUGUUACUCAUAACACUUUUAUUAUUUUAAUGAUAAUAGCUUUUAAUUUUAAUUCUAAAAAGCAUUUUGUCAAUUGUAU